AUGAAUAAUAAUAAAGAAAUUGCAGAAAUUCUUAUUUCAAAUGGCGCAGAUAUCAAUGCUAAAGACGAUGAUGAAUGGACCCCUCUUCAUUAUGCAGCCAGAUAUAAUAACAAAGAAACUGCAGAAAUUCUUAUUUCAAAUGGUGCAAAUAUCAAUGCUAAAGACAAUAAAGGAUUUUUCCUUCUUCAUUAUGCAGCCAUGAAUAAUAAUAAAGAAAUUGCAGAAAUUCUUAUUUCAAAUGGCGCAGAUAUCAAUGCUAAAGACGAUGAUGAAUGGACCCCUCUUCAUUAUGCAGCCAGAUAUAAUAACAAAGAAACUGCAGAAAUUCUUAUUUCAAAUGGCGCAGAUAUCAAUGCUAAAGACAAUAAAGGAUUUUCCCUUCUUCAUUAUGCAGCCAAAUAUAAUAACAAAGAAAUUGCAGAAAUUCUUAUUUCAAAUGGCGCAGAUAUCAAUGCUAAAGACGAUGAUGAAUGGACCCCUCUUCAUUAUGCAGCCAGAUAUAAUAACAAAGAAACUGCAGAAAUUCUUAUUUCAAAUGGUGCAAAUAUCAAUGCUAAAGACAAUAAAGGAUUUUUCCUUCUUCAUUAUGCAGCCAAAUAUAAUAACAAAGAAAUUGCAGAAAUUCUUAUUUCAAAUGGUGCAAAUAUCAAUGCUAAAGACAAUAAAGGAUUUUCCCUUCUUCAUUAUGCAGCCAUGAAUAAUAAUAAAGAAAUUGCAGAAAUUCUUAUUUCAAAUGGCGCAGAUAUCAAUGCUAAAACUCAAAAUGGAUAUAUCCCUCUUCAUUAUGCAGCCAUGAAUAAUAGUAAAGAAACUGCAGAAAUUCUUAUUUCAAAUGGCGCAGAUAUCAAUGCUAAAGACAAUAAAGGAUUUUCCCCUCUUUAUCUAGCAUCCAGGCUUAAUUACAAAAAAAUAGUAGAAAUCUUUAAUUUAAACAAGACAAAAUAA